UUGUCUAUGAUGAAAAUUCACAAAAGCAUGACGGCUGCUACAUAUUUGUGAAGAAAUUCCAAAAUUAAUAUUAAUUCGAAGAGCACUCGGUUUUGAACGUCUUUACCGUUGUCUAUUUGUGAUAAGUUACUUAUUUCCCCGACGGCAUGAUGGUGGAAGGGUCAGCGUUUACGCGGAACGAUGUGUUCCAAAUGGCUAUACGCGUUGCUUUUGUGUCCGCGGUGACUUAUUUUUCAAUAAAAUGGCUCGUGAACCAGAUAGACCCAACAUCCAAGAGUCGGAAGAAGGCGGAGGAGCGAGCUCGCGAACAGUUACGCAAGAUGUCUUGCAGAGCCGGGCUGGGCAGCAAGCACUCCAUCGCCCUGGACAAGUUGACUGACCAUGAGAUGAUCAUCGCCUCGCAGUUGGUUGUGCCUGAUGAGAUUAGUGUGAACUGGAAGGACAUAGCGGGUUUGGACCACCUCAUCCAGGAGUUGCGGGAGACGGUGAUCCUGCCGAUACAGAAGAGGGAGCUGUUCGCUGACAGUCGGCUCACGCAGCCACCCAAAGGUGUAUUGCUGCAUGGACCCCCCGGUUGCGGUAAAACCCUGAUAGCGAAGGCCACAGCCAAGGAGGCGAACAUGAGCUUCAUCAACCUGGACGUGUCUCUCUUGACGGACAAGUGGUACGGAGAGACGCAGAAGCUGGCCGCUGCUGUAUUCAGUCUGGCGGUCAAGUUGCAGCCUUGUAUUGUGUUUAUAGACGAGAUCGAGUCGUUCCUGCGCACGCGCACACAGCACGACCACGAGGCGACCGCCAUGAUGAAGACGCAGUUCAUGUCGCUGUGGGACGGACUCAUCACUGAGCCUACCUGCACUGUUAUUAUUAUGGGAGCAACAAAUCGUCCUCAAGACCUGGACAAGGCGAUACAGCGUCGCAUGCCGGCCACGUUCCACGUGCCCAUGCCCAGCGAGACGCAGCGCGAGCGCAUCCUGCAGCUCAUACUGCGCUCCGAGCCCGUCGCUGAGGAUAUUGACUACAAGAGGCUAGCGAGUUCGACGGAAGGAUUCUCAGGGUCUGACCUUCACGAAUUGUGUCGUCAGGCCGCCGUGUACCGAGUUCGAGACCUCGCCAGAGAUGAGAUGGUCAGAGAGAUGAAUAAUGAGAUAAAACCCAAGACCGGCAAGUCAGGAUCAGAUUCUGACGAAGAGUACGUGGAUGCUGUGCGUCCGAUCACAAUGGAGGAUCUGCGCCUGUCACUCAGCAAGCUCAAGGAGUCCAAGAUACAGUGCGGCACACUCGCGCCAUCUAUGCGGAUAGAACUCGACUAGCGGACCUACGCGAUCAAUAUCGAUCUUAUAUAGGUAGGAAUUGUUGUUGUAUGUGUUUUAGCACGAGGUUUUAGAUCAAAACUAUUAAAUGUACAGAAAAAAAUUGUUUGACGAAGGUUUACAAGGGUACAGUCCUUUUUCAUU